AUGAAUGCACCAGCAGAAUUGAACAGGAGAGAAUCAGACCACAAGGGGAGUCUGGACACCGCACAGACCGUACGAAAUGCGCACUUUUGGUGGCUGAAGCGGCCUCAGCUGGCGCAGGUGGUGACCCUGAGUUCUCUUCAAGCGGCCUUCCCGCACAUGAAACCUGUCCAGGCCCGCUACCUCAUGAGAACUCUGUUUGAGGAGGACAAGAGACAGAAGGCGACGCAGAGGGUGCUGACAGGGGAGGACUCACUGAUGGGAGCUCCAGGUCCAUCGCAGGAUCUUGAUCCGAAAGAGAUUGCAACUGCAUGUGUCCCUCUCUUCAUGGCUGCAACACAGCCAGUGAUGAGCGAGUUCAUGACCAAGCUGGCAGCUUUGGAAGCGAAGGUGAAUGCCUUGGAAUCCGAAGGACUCUUAGACGCUGUAGCGACAAGCGCGCAGGCCAACUUUGCCAAGGACAUGCUCGAAGGGAUCCAUGUGCAACCGACGACGUUGAUGGGGAGGCUUGCUGCUGCAUAG